AUGAAAAAUUAUAAUUCUUAUCACUAAUAUAGAUAAACAACUGUUCCAUCUGAGGCUUCAUCAGUUAAAUCCCAAAUCACAAUUCAAUCUUAUUUAACUGCAUCACCUAAAUAGAGAAACUAACUAAUUCGUUCGUCUUUCAAAGUUUACUAGGAAAUGAAGUAAGAAAUCAUUUAGAAUCAAUAAUGUAAGUUAUCCUUAAGAUUUGAACAAAUACACUUAUUGAUGGCAUCACAGAAACUAUUCUUACAUUUAUAAAAAAUGCAAGCCUUUUAUAAUAAGCAAUAAAAAUAGGAAGCAUUUCAAUUGAUAUUACGAUUAGGAGCAAUAGAUUAUAGCAAUAGCAGCAGUAUAUUUAAAACACCAUAGAGAAGUCAUUCCCCUGGGAUAGUAUCGAAAGAUAUAGGAAUGGAAAAGAAUAUCCAGAAUUAAUAACUUAUAAAGAUUAUAUAAGAAUUGUAAUCUCAAAUUGCUGGUAAGGAACUUUGUAAAAUUAUUUAUUUAAUUUAAACCAAGGUCAUGAGAGAUAGUUUAUACUAAAUAAAAUAACAAAUAAAAUUAUCAUAAAAAUUCGAGAAAAUCAAAAGUAUUUUGGAGGUCUCCUCAAAAAGAUUUGCAUUAAAUGAAUUGAGAGAAAAGAAAAAUAAAAGCAAAAAAAUUGAAGCUGCAACCUUGUUAUUGGCUUUCAAAUUGGAGAAAUUCAAAUUGAACUUGGAAUUCACUUUUUUUUAUCAACUAAAGCUAUCAUAGAUGAAAUAAUAACUGAUUACAAAAUAACAAAUCUAAUUAAAGCUAAAUGGAUAUAGAAUGGGAGAUAAAAACGAAAACAUUAGAUUGCUAAGACUUCAUUAGGUUAUAAUAAAGAUUUGUUACAGGUUUCCAUUUAAUUAGUUUAAAAAAAACUAAUACUCAUUCUAAUAAAUAGAAUUAAAUUAAAGGAAUAGUGCUUCUAUCUAAAGAUUUUCAUUGGGGCAAUUAUCUCAAACAAUGUCAUAAUAGGUAUCAUAAGUGUUGGAAGCGACACCAAAAAAUGAUGAACUAAUAAUAGAAGAAUAAGAAGUGUGUUAAUAACCAGUUGUCGUUUAAAAACCAAAAUCUAUUUAGAAAGUGAAUGGAAAAUUAGCAAAAUAGAUAAAAUUAUAUAUCAGCAAAUGUGAGGAGUAGAAACAAUAAGCAUAAUAGUCGAAACUCGAAUAGAUGGCAAAACUAUCAAAAAAGAGUAUUUAGGAUGAAAUAGACUAGAAGAAAUAAAAGUCCAAGUCUUAAGUUUAAAGUAGGUUAUUCUUGGUGGCAAUAUUUGUAUUUGUUUUAAUUUUUUUAAUUCGUAUUAUUAAUUGA